AUGCGAAGAUCUACCGGUCGUCCUAAUAAGAAUCGUAACAAGGCGAAUGAUGAACCGAGGAUAAGAAAUACACUGCCUAGAACUUUUCAAACUGUCAAUUGCAAGAAAUGUGGGAGUUUUGGCCAUAACAAGCAAACAUGUAAAGGGAAGCGAGCUGCGGAGAGAGCGAUUCCUAAAGAUGACAACAAAAAACCUAAAAAAAGGGGUGACAAGUCGGGAAAGGAAGCGGGACAAACUGUUAUAGACGGGGGACAAACUGUUAUUGACGGAGGGUCGCAAGCACCGCCACCAAUCCAAGAAUAG